AUGGCUACGCCUAAGCGUUCGGCGAAGGCCCCCGCCGAAAUGCAGCCGCAGGGGCCACAGAGCCUCCACUCGCUGGUGCGGGAAGGCCGACUGCGCGACCUGCAGGAGGAGCUGUCAAGGGACGGCGGCCAGGCUACAGAGUGCCGGGGGCCCGCUGGGGACACCCUCAUGCACUGCGCAGCCCGCCACGGGUGCCUGGACAGCCUGACCUAUCUGACAGAGGUCUGGAAGAUGGACAUCGAGGCCACCAACAGAGACUACAAACGACCUUUGCAUGAAGCUGCCUCCAUGGGCCACCUGGACUGCGUGAACUAUCUGCUGGGCCUAGGUGCCGCUGUCGACUGCCUGAAAAAGGCAGACUGGACUCCUCUAAUGAUGGCUUGCACAAGGAAGACUCUUGAGGUGGUCCAGUGCCUCGUGGAACAUGGAGCCAAUCCAUUGCUGAAGAAUAAAGAUGGUUGGAACAGUUUCCACAUUGCCAGCAGAGAGGGCGACCCUGCGAUCCUUGAGUACUUGCUUACUGUUUCCCCGACUGUCUGGAAGACAGAGAGCAAAAUUAAAAGAACUCCUCUGCACACUGCAGCAAUGCAUGGACGUGUAGAGGCAGUGAAAGUGUUGCUUACGUGGUGUCAGUAUGAACCAGACUGCAGAGACAAGUGUGGAGUUACACCCUUUAUGGAUGCAAUACAGUGUGGUCACAUCACCAUAGCAUGGAUGCUCCUUGAAGAACAUAAGGCUUAUGUUUCAGCUGAGGAUACAUUAGGGGACCAGGCUGUGCACAGAGCAGCAAUCACUGGGCAGAAUGAAGCCAUCCGAUUCUUGGUCUGUAACCUUGGUGUUGAUGUCGAUGUGAGGGCAACAUCAACCCACUUCACACCACUUCUCUAUGCAGCUAAGGAAGGACAUAUAAGCACAAUUCAGACUCUCCUAUCCUUGGGUGCUGACAUCACCGCUCAAGAUAAAAGAAAUAGAUCAGCCCUGCAUCUUGCCUGUGCGGGGCAGCACUUGACUUGUGUCCUGUUUCUCCUGAAGUGUGGACUGACGGAUUAUCCUGACAUAACAGGCACCCUGGCUCGGCAGCUCACAAAGAGAGCAGACAUCCUUCAGUACUUUGACUAA